GUCUUCUUAACCUCAUGAGGUAUUUUCAUGUUCGUACUGCGUUGACUAUCAGUAACCGGUUCGUGUUAAUGUUGGAGAGUGUGGCAGAUCUAUGGCGGCCUGUGUGCUGUGUCGACGGGCACCCCGGCUGCGCUGCCUCCAAGGCUUGAGAAAGGAUUUUACCCAGGCUCAACACGUCUAUGGCAAACCAGAGGAUGAGACCGAUGAGCAGGAGAGGAAGAAAGGUGCAUUUCAACUCCAGGAAGCCUCCUUCCAAGGAGGCUACAGGCUGUAUUACAACCCGUCCUCAUAUCAUCACUCUGUGCGGAACUCUGCAACUCCCCGGAACCAGACAGAAAAUGAUGAGGAUGAACGUUGUCUCUCCUCUCUGGCACCUUCCUUCUGGCAACAGAGCAAUCACUACAGUGUGAGUUGCUCGCGGCACCUUUCCAGCUCGAAAAACACACUUCUUGACUUGGCUUUCAACAAGGACCCUGAACCCAAGAUGCCAUCAGUGUCACAGUACCACAAAAAACCCAUACCACCAGACGUUAAAGUAGAUACACGUGCCUUCCAUAAAUGUCGGCCUGAGUAUGCCUUCAUGACUCUGGACCUCACCCCGCGGCCUCACCCUAUAGAAUGGGACGAGGCCUUCCACCUGCUCCAAAAAGUGGCUGUUUUAAAGGGCAGCAUGAAGCCAUCUGAUGUGUCUCAGUUUCUUGUGGAGCUCAGCCGCCUGCACCCAGACAAGAUGCCGUUUGUGAGGAGUAACAAAUGCUUCACCAUGCUCCUCCGAUAUUCUGUGGAAAACCUGCGUCUUUUUACUGAUUUGCAGCUGCUGGAGGUGCUGCAGUCAUUUCUGUGGCUGGAUAUACCCUCUGCCCACACUCUACUCGGGCUGUAUGAGACCGAGCUGAGCCGCCGGGCCAACCAGAUGACUUUACACCAGUUGCUGCUAGCUGCUGAUUUGUGGCGCUGUAUUGGUAGGGGGGUUCCCAAAUUCUUGCAGCACCUCUAUGACUCAGUCCAUCUGUAUCUGGGACAGAUGGGGGUCCCUGAACUAGUUCAGCUGUUGUAUAUAAUGGGAGAAGGUAGGCAGUGCCCACUGAACUUGAUUCACCCUGUGGAGCGGCUUCUUAUGUGCCAUUUACAAAAAUUGCACCCUGAGGAGGUUGGCGUCGUAUGCUUGGGGCUCUUUAAAUCCCAAACCUCAAUAUCUGAGAGUGCAGUGACUCGUAUUGUUGAUAAGGCACACGCUUCUGUGAAGGAGAUGAGUGACUUUGCAAUGGUGAAUGUGCUGAAAUUCUUGCGUUUCAGUUACCUGUAUCACAGAGUGUGGAUGGAGGCCAUGACACAGGAAGUUCCUCUACGGGCCCCCAGGAUGGGUGUCUCUGGCCUGAUGCAUGUGGCACUGACCUGUUCAGCUCUGCAUUAUCGCAAUGAUAACAUCCUCACUGCUGUUGCUGAAAGAAUGCCCUCGCUGGUGCCACACUGCAGGAGUAAAGACUCGAGCAAACUGCUGUGGGCCUUUGGUUCAUUGCAGUUUCUCCCAGUUCAGAAUCCCAGCUUUUAUGCAAGCCUUACAGAGGCGCUGAGACUGAGGAAGGCUGAAUUCCAACGAUACCCAGAGCAUCUGCUUACUGGUCUUUUAGGCCUGGCCUUUGUCUCUCAGUUCCCAGAGGACCUACUUGCACUAGCACUGAGCCCUGACUUUGUGAAAUUAGCACUGAAAUCAACACAGCUAGAGCUGAAAAAAGACUUACUGACUUUAGACGGAGCUGUGUCUCUAGAGUUGCCUCAGUGGACCGGCCCGAGGCUAAGCUGUGAACUCAGAGAGGAGAUGGCUGAACUGCUGUGGAAGUUUGCUCAAUCUGAUUUGUGCCAGAAACCUGAGGUUCAGGAGGCGGAAUCUUUUCUGCAAGAUCUGCUUGGGGGAGAGCAAUUUGUAUGUAAGAGAAUGAUUCUGCCCCACACUCGCUCCAUUGACCUGGAAGUACAUUUUGACUCCACUGGGCAGCCAAUACCUGUCAACCCAGCAUCCCAUGAAACCACAUUAUCUCCUGAGAACAGUUCAUCCAAUUUUACUUCAAACCAGGGUUGGGGCAGAAUAAAUACAGGAGUAACUAUAACUGAUGAACUUUUAGCACAGCUAAAAAACACCAAAAGCACCACAGAAUCUUCAACCCCAUCUCCUAAGUGUAUAUCUCUUCGCAGAGUAGAGCGUGAUGAAGGGAGACUGUUUGAUACAGGGCUUGAACUGACAAGUGACAUAAUAGAAAUUCUUACCAAACAAAGUAAGCCAGGUUCAGCCCAACAAGAUGCCAAAGGCACAGUCAAACUCGCAAUCCAAGUCUCCAGCAGGAACCACUACUGUUGCCAUUCACAGCAGUUGUUGGGCAUGCAUGUCAUGAAGAGGAGGCAGUUGAAGCUGGCAGGCUACAGGGUUGUAGAUCUUGGCUAUCAUGAGUGGUUCCCCAUACUGAGGAAAAGUAGGACUGAGAAGCUGACAUACCUGCACUGCAAAGUCUCUGAAAGUCUGUAAAGAUUGUCUGGCCUCCAAAACCCAAAGGAAAACACGGAAAACUCGGCAAGCUAUGUGCAAAGCACAGAAGAAUAUCUGAUGAGGAGGUGGACAGAUGGUCUUUUAUCUCCACCAGCUAUUGACUUUUUGUACAUGUUCAGGAUUUUGUCAAAAUGUAUGAUAUCAAGGUAUUUUUGUGAAAAGAAUACAAAUUAAGUAUUCAACAACACACUGGUCAAGGUCUUGAACAUACAGUAGACAUUUGGAAUAUGUUUCUUUUUAUGGAUUUACUUACAUUUAAACUUCCUGCCAGAAUGAGCUUUUACCUUCCGGGAGUUAGAAUAAACAGAAAACAAUGUUUAAAAAAAAAAAAAAAGAAGAAGAUAUUUAAUAACAUUCACUCAUGCGUGAUGUCCUCUCAGAGGGCAGUGCAUCUCUUUCAAGUGUUAUCAGAGUGCUGCCCCGCUUUGUACAUCAAAGUCACUAAAUUUUCAGCUCAUGUGAAGGUUGAAUGAAGCAGCUGUUUUUUGGUAUUGUGGCUGCUCCUGAACAGUGAAAUCUGUUACAUAAUUUGACAAAGGAAGGAUUAAAAUCAUCUGUCACAAUUUCAUACCAAAGGGAGGCAAAAAUCCACAGUAGAGAUCAUAAUUUCAGUACAGCAUCUGUUCCUAUUACAGAACUUGCCUAGCACAAAGCUCAGAUAGACUUAUCACUUUUUUCUUGCAGCCUUCAUCGGAAAUGGGGAGCUAAAUUCCUGCCCUAGUUGAGGCAAAUGGGUUUUGUUCCACACUGCCAUCUUUUGUGUGUUUUUUUUUAUGUUCUAAGCCAAAACUGGUCACCAAAUUUGCUCAUACAUUUGGAACACCUUUUAUUUAAGACUAGUAAAAAAAAAAGUAAUUCCACAAUCCCACAAGGCUUUUAAUGGCAGGCCUAUUUCAAAGCUCUAGGCAGCUGUUAUUGAUCAUUUUGUAUCUGAAAAACCUAUAAAAUAACCUUACCGCUCUGUGGCAGUCUAUUAAAAAUGUAAAAAAACAAACAGUCUUUUCAAUUCAAUACUAUCACUAAUUGCAAUACCUUAGUUUUCGUGUAAAUGCCCAAAAGGUUAAGAAAUUAAAUAUCAAAGGCUUCACAAAAAAUAAAAACGUAAAAUACCAUUUAUGCCACUAAGUACAUUCCUCUGUCACAUUUCUUUAAUAACAGCUAAUGCAAAACAUGUUAUAUAACAUGCAACACUGUAAACUGAAAAUGUCUUGGUAUACCAAGUGGCUGACUGGUCAUAGCCCCACUGACUCUGGGAAAUUAAUCCUUUCACAAUGGGAUAGAACUUGCUAUGUCCUUCUCUAGAUUCAGGUAAAUCUACUCAAAGCUGAGACACAGCACUUUAAUGCAAUAUCUGUUAUUUUGUUUCAAAUGGAAUGUGCUGGAGCAUAAAGCCUGAGGAAGAAAACAAGUGUAACUGUCUAAAUGUUUUUGGUCUGGACUGUAAAACAUGAAGAAGUCUUACAAUAGUAGGAAAACAAUAAUUGCAGAGAGCUGUCAAAUUCA